UCCCUGAGGCCUCCCUCACAAUCACUCAGACAAGUUGGCCUAUUGUUUCCAUUUUACAGACAAGGAAACUGAGACUUGGUGACUUGCCCGAAGUUAUGCAGUCAGUGAUUGGUGUAGCAGAAGUGGGGUCCCAGGGCCCCCAGCCUCCACAGCCACUGAGCCACUUAACUAAUUAUAGAGGAUAAGGAAGGGAGUAUUACUUGCCUUCUAUUCCUUCCUUUAUGCCUACGCUUUUGUCCAUUCACCUGCUUCUAGGACCAGCCUGCCUGUGUUGGAUCCUGAUUCCACUAUCUGGAAAGUCUGUGCCUUGAACUCCUCUGAAAGAGAUCAUAAAAUCACCUUCCUCAAAGGGCUCUUGUGAAGACUAAAUGAGUUUGCAUAUGGAAACACUCAGAGCCUGACACACUGUAAAUAUCAGCUAGUAUGGGUUCUCUAUUACCCUGACCAAGUGUGAUGCAAGUCAGGAAAGUAAAAUACUGGGACAACGUAAAUGUCAGUGGGGGCAUCACUGCACCAGCCCUGAUUUAUAUUUCAGUGGACACAGUACUAGAGAAGACACAGUGGCCUUGGUGCUAGAUAGAUGCAUAGACCAAGGGAACAGAACAGACAUCUAAAACUGGACCGCCACAUGCAGAGUGAGCAGGUCUCCUGACAGUGGAGGUGCUGCAGCACAGUAGGAGAAAGAUGGCGCUGUAGAACAGUGGCGUGGGAUCAACUGGCUAUUCACAUGAGGGAGAAAGAUUCCUGAUCCCUACCUCACACCAUGCAACAUUUCUGUUCCGGUGAAGCCCUCAGCCACCACUCACCUUAACCAGAAUAUUGUCUGCGGGUACAUUCAGCCAGUCCUGUGCAUUUGAAGAAGGUGAGGUUAUGGGGAAAUGUGGGAUCUCAAGAUGGUAAGGCCUCUUUACAUAUGCACACAGCCUGAGGAAGCCAAGGAGAAUUUCAUUGGUUCCAUGUGAAUGAAAACUUUGGUUGGUAGAGUUGUCCUUCUGGUAAAGUGAAGGUCAUUCCUUUAUUUUGAAAUUUGCUCAGCACAUCUCACCCAAUCCAAGAUAAUCACAGGAGAAGGAAGAUGAAUUUUAGGCUACAAGUAGUCAAUAAGAAAGUUCCAAUUUCCUUUAGAGCAAAAGGAAAACAUGUUUUGUUGUCUCCCGACAGUGAGAUGGAAAAAAAUAAAAUAACCAAGGGAAAAGUCACCCCACGCUUUCCUUGCAGUCAUGGGCCCCCACCACUGUGGCGCCGAGAGGAAGCCAAAGGUGGAAGAAGCAAAACAUGUUUUCCUUCAGCAGGACGUCUGUAGAACUGUUGGAAUCAAUUAUUGGAAAACACAAAAAUAAAAUAAACUUUGGCCUAUGGUAAAUACUCCGCUUCUUUCUGGAAAACAAAGGCCAGGAUUGGGGUCAGCAUAGGACAGUGGGCUAGUGUGCGACGCUGAAGGAAGGGACCUGGGCUUUCGGUAGUGCUGGGUGAGACAGGACUGUCCCUAAGCCUCAGCUUACCCAUGAUCCUGUGUCAGCUCACGGAGUUGGGGUUAGAUGUCACGGCCCUUGGUGUAACUGUGUGUUUAGCUCUAGUGCUGUGCUGGGCUGUGAAAAGGAGGCUGGGUGCUUUCUGACCAGUGUUGUCACACUGGGACCCAUGCUUAGGAGCAUUCCGCACUCUGCUGUCACUGCACAGCAAGUCUCAACUUGUGAAAAAGAGGUACUGCAUCUUCAUUUUGUACUGGACCCCACAAAUUUAGGCAAGAGGCAGCAAUGCUUUGUGGUGGCUGCUGAGUGUGUCUGACGCUGGCAGGGUCCCCCUGAAGUCCUGGCACAAAGAGGGUGCUGACAAAUGAGGACUGAAAUGAACAUGAAAGGGGAAGCCAGGGGUUAUGGGUAGCUCUCGACAGCUCUCUACCAUCCUGCCCUGUCCCACACCUGCCCUGGCCACAAGGACCCCUGCACACCCUGGCAGUCUGCAGCUGUACCUGUUUCAGGGCAAACGAUCCCCACUUUGGUUGGGAAGGUCCUGUGUGCAGACCAGAUGUGCAGUUACCACAGACCACCGCUCGCCAGCUGUGUGUGUCUCUAGACAAGUGUCCAGCCCGCAUCUUCCUCAUCUGUAAACCAGAGAUAAUUACACACAACAUACAGAGUGCUUGUGUAGAUUAAAGAGACACUAUUUAUUCUAGUGAAUGUUUUCCUUUGCUGUGCAGGAGCUUCUGAGUUUGAAGGAAUCCCAUUUGUCUGGUUGAACUUUUGUUGCCUGCACUUCAGAGUUCUUGUCCAAAAAAUUCAUUGCCUGUCUUAAAAUAUUUCCCUUAUGUUCUUUUUCUAGCAAUUUCAUGAUUUUAGGUCUUACAUUUAGGUCUUUGAUCCAUCUUAAGUUGCUUUUUGUAUAUGGCAAGAGAUAGGGAUCUAAUUUCAUUCUUCUCCACACAGGGGUCCAAUUUUGCCUGCACCAUUUAUUGGGAAGACUCUGCUUUCUCCAGUGUGUGUUCCAUUGUCAAAAGUUAGUUGGCUGUAUGUGUGUAAGAUAAUUUCUGGGCUCCCUAUAUGUAGAAUAUAGACACAGUGAAAUACUAUUCAGCCAUCAGAAAGAAUAAAAUUCCAUCAUUUGCAGCAAAAUGGGUGGAACUGAAUGAAGGAUAUCAUGUUAAGUGAAAUGAGCCAGACACAGAAAGGCAAAUACCACAUGUUCUAGCUCAUGUGAGGAGACACAGGCAGUUGGACAACAGGCAGCAAAUCAGUGAGGUAGAAGGAGCCAGUCCUUGUGAGGUAACACUGUUCACAAGAUACUAGUGUAAACUGUAGGAACAAACAGAAGAGAGAAGCUCCAGCCUCCACUCAUGGAGUAAUGUCAAAGGAGAGGAAAUGCCGAUUGCCCUGUUUAACCUGUGCACAGUGUGUGCAUGUACUAAAAUAUCACACUGUAGCCCAUAAAUACGCACAGUUGUUACAAACUUUUUUGAGGGGCUGGCAUUGUGGCAUAGUGGGUAAAGCUGCUGCCUACAACACUGCCAUCCCAUAUGGGCAUAGGUUUGAGUCCUGGUUGCUCCACUUCUGAUCCAGCUCUCUGCAAAUGAGCUAGGAAAGCAGCAGAGGAUGACCCCAGUGCUUGGACCGCUGCACCUACAUGGGAGACUCAGAGGAAGCUGCUGGCUUUCAGCUUCAGCUGGAUCCAGUCCCAACAGUUGCGGUUAUUUGGGGUGAAAACUGAGGAGCAGAGAGGUGAAAUGACUUGCCCAAGGCCACAGAGCCAGGGACAGAUGGAGCUGGGGGUCUCCAGGUGCCCUGCUCCUCUCUCAACUCAGAUGUUCCUCGGAUUAUGAUGGGGACACCCCAGUGAACUCAUUCUAAGCAGAUGAUGCAUUCAGUACACCUGACCUGAACGUCAUUGCUCAGCCCCACCUGCAUUGUGCUCAGAACACUUAGAUUCUCCAAAACCUCCAGUUGCUCCCAAGCCAAAGACCAGCGGUGUACUCACGCCAGUGACCACACCCAAAUUCCCUUCCUCACCCAGGCCCGAAAGUCUCCACAGUCCAAACUUCAUGUCCAGGGGACCAAAGCCCCCCAUUGCCCCCAAGCCCAGGCUGGCUGUCCCCAGUGAGUGGAGAGCCAGCGUGUCCGUGAACAACAGUUUCAACAAAUGCAGCAACGGGAGGCUGCUCUGUGUAGACAAGGGGCUUUAUGAAGGGCACCGGCCCAACCUGGAGUGCUCCGAGUCAGAGACGGAUGAGGAUUAUAUCAUGGCCCCCAGGGCCCCACGGAAAGAGGAUGAACCCAAGGAUGGGCCCUGUGGAGAGAAUACGGUCACGGGGCCCCAAGAUGCCACCAGCGAAGAGGUAGGAGAGGAGGGGGUCGAGGAGAGUGGCAGGGAGAGGACAGCAGCUGGCAAGGACUUGGCACCUCCUGCAGCCCCAGCUGGUGGAGCACCGGGCGAGGAGGAUGAGGAGGGCGCAGACUGCACCCCUGAAAACGGGGACAGUGACAGUGACCCGGGUGCCAGGGAGCAGGAGUCCACAAGUGAGGAAGAGAAGCUGGUAAAAGAGCACAGCGUGUACCACAGGGAGGACAGCGGGCCUUUGGCUGCACAAGAGGCCGUUGGGAGUGAUGUCAUCCUGACUCAGCUUGGUUCAGAGGAUCCAGCAGCCCCUGACGAGGAGCCCAGGCCCCCCGAGACCCCUGGGGAGCUGGCAGAGGAGGAGGGGGUAGGCUGUGCCGGUGCAGAACCAGGGGGGCCAGGCGAGGACACUGAUCAGGGUGCUGAAGAUGCCAGUGAAGGACCCCCUGAGGAUGAGUUGGCCACAGGUGUCCAGGAGGCAGAGAUGGCCGCAGAGAACCCUGAAAUCCCUGAGGAGGAGUGUGAUGGCGUCCCCGCCGCUGAGGACCCCGUGGGCCAGGAUGAGAAAACGGAGCAGGAAGAAAUGGCGGCAGCCCCUGCAGAGGCAGAAGACCCUCGGGAAGGAGAGGACCCCGCGCAGGAUGAGGCCCCCGAGGAGAGCUGCCACAUCAUUCCUUUUGAGAGCGACUGUGUUGAUGACGCCGUUACCUCACUCACAGGAAGCCCCUACAAGUUCUUCCAGACCGAGAGCACCUCUUUCUGUAGCGAAAGCUGUUCUCCUCUUUCUGAGUCAGCAGAAGGCUUAGAAUCGGAGCAGGAGGCAAGGUCAGGCGCAUGUGCAGAGGAGGGCCCUGUGGCUGGAACUGUGUGUGACCAGAGUAACCCCCUGCAGGGUGCAGCUGGGGAGGGGGGGUCCUCUGUCCCAGAAGUGGUGGUCAUGCCGGAGGAGGAGGCAGAGGAGGGUGCCACGGACGAUGCGCUCACCAACCCCUAUGUGAUGGGAGUCAGCUUGACGGGCCAGGCUGACCCUGCCGAGGGAGGGCAGGCCGAGACUUCAGCUGAUCUGGACACUCUGAGUGACUGUGGCUUGAGAGAAGAAGUGAACGCUGAUGCUGAGGGUGGCCUAGUCCCCACGGACAGGAAAAACCUCGUCACCAGGGCCCGGCCCCACUCCGGGAAGGUGGCUGGCUCUGUCCCGGAAACUGUCCCGGAAGAGACCGGACCAGAAGCUGGCUCACUAGCCUCUGGCACUGCCGGUUCCCCGGAGCAGGCAGGCAAGAUGGUGUUGUCAUCAGAGGGGAAGGCUGGAGAGGCGAACAGGGCCCUGCCAGCAAAACCCCGGGCUUUCACUCUGUAUCCUCGCUCGUUCUCUGUGGAAGGCCGAGAGAUUCCCAUCUCCGUGUACCGGGAGCCGGAGGGCUUAGACGACCACCGGAUAAACAGGAAAGACGACAACCUUUCCCUGCCCUGUGUCAUCGGCUCCUCUGGGAGCUUCUCACAGAGAAACCACUUUCCAUCCAGCGGCACCUCCACGCCGUCGUCCGUGGUAGACAUCCCGCCCCCCUUCGACCUGGCCUGCAUCACCAAGAAGCCCAUCACCAAGAGCUCCCCUUCGCUGCUGAUCGAGAGCGACUCGCCGGACAAGCACACCAAGAAGAAGAAGUCGUCCUUUAAGCGGUUCCUGGCGCUGACAUUUAAAAAGAAGACAGAGAACAAAGUGCAUGUGGAUGUGAACGUGUCCUCCUCCAGGUCCUCCUCGGAAUCCAGCUACCACGGGCCCGCCAGGAUUCUGGAACUCAACCCGAGAAGCCUCAGUAGCUCCCCUCAGCUCAAGACUCGCACGGGGAAGCUCCGGGCCUCGGACUCGCCCUCCUCCCUCAUCUUCUGUCGAGAUGGCAAGAGGAAGGGCGUGCCCUUCAGCAGGACGGUGUCCAGAGUGGAGUCCUUCGAAGACCGCUCUCGGCCACCCUUUCUGCCCCUGCCGCUGACCAAGCCCCGGUCCAUUUCAUUCCCCAACGCUGAUACUUCCGACUACGAGAACAUUCCAGCCAUGAACUCAGACUACGAGAACAUCCAGAUCCCGCCCCGACGGCCUGCGAGGGCUGGCACGUACACCAAGCUGUUUGAGGAUCAGAGCAGAGCCCUGUCCACGGCCAACGAGAACGAUGGCUACGUGGACAUGAGCAGCUUCAACGCCUUCGAGAGCAAGCAGCCGAGCGCCGAGCAGGAAGCCGAGAGUGCCUACACGGAGCCCUACAAGGUCUGUCCCAUCUCGGCGAUGGCCCCCAGAGAGGACCUCACAUCGGAGGAAGAGCAGAGAAGCUCAGAGGAUGAGGAGAGUGCUCCAAGCCUCACCCACAAGGUGGAAGGACAGUCCAGAGCUCUUGUCAUCGCACAGGAACUGCUGUCUUCAGAGAAAGCAUACGUGGAGAUGCUCCAGCACUUGCAUCUGGAUUUCCACGGCGCUGUCACAAGGGCCUUGGACGACAUGGACCCGGAGGGCAGGGACCCGCUGGCCCACGAGGAGCUGAGGCAGGGCCUAGACGAGCUCCCUGCCAUCCUUGACCUUCACCAGGGCAUCCUGGAGGAGCUGCAGGAGCGGCUGUCUGAGUGGGAGGGCCAGCAGAAGGUGGCCGACGUCUUCCUGACGCGGGAGCAAGGCUUUGAGCACCAUACUGCCCACAUUCUGCAGUUCGACAGGUACCUGGCUCUGCUCGCGGAGAGCUGCCUGCGCUCUCCGCAGCUGGCGGCGGCCGUCCGUGAAUUCGAGCAGAGUGCGCAAGGCAGCAGCCAGGGUGUGAAACAUCGGCUCCUGAGGGUGGUUCAGCGCCUCUUCCAGUACCAAGUGCUGCUCACAGACUAUUUAAAUAACCUGUGCCCGGACUCGGCCGAGUACGACAACACGCAGGCUGUGCUGACCCUCAUCUCCAAAGUCACGGACCGUGCCAACGACAGCAUGGAGCAAGGGGAAAACCUGCAGAAGCUGGUCCACAUCGAGCACAGCGUUCGAGGCCAAGGGGAUCUCCUCCAGCCAGGAAGGGAGUUUGUGAAGGAAGGGACGCUGCUGAAAGUGACUGGGAGGAGCAGACACCCCCGGCACCUGUUUCUGAUGAGUGACAUGCUUCUGUACACCUAUCCCCUGAAGGACGGGAAGUACCGGCUGAAGAGCUCGCUGCCCGUGGCCGGCAUGAAGGUCAGCCGCCCUGUGACGGAGAAGGUGCCCUAUGCGCUGAAGAUCGAGACUCCGGAGUCCUGCCUGCUGCUGUCUGCGAGCUCCUGUGCAGAAAGGGACGAGUGGUACGGCUGUCUGAGCAGAGCCCUCCCCGAGGACUACAAGGCCCAGGCCCUGGCUGCAUUCCACCACAGCGUGGAGAUCCGGGAGAGGCUGGGAGUCAGCCUGGGCGAGAGACCCCCCACCCUGGUGCCUGUCACACACGUCAUGAUGUGCAUGAACUGUGGCUGCGACUUCUCCCUCACCCUGAGGCGCCACCACUGCCAUGCCUGUGGCAAGAUCGUGUGCCGGAACUGUUCGCGGAACAAGUAUCCCCUGAAGUACCUCAAGGACCGCAUGGCCAAGGUCUGCGACGGCUGCUUCGGGGAGCUGAAGAAGAGGGGCGGGCCCGUCCCCGGUCUGCUGAGAGAGCGGCCCGUGAGCAUGAGCUUCCCCCUGUCCUCGCCUCGCUUCUCGGGCAGCGCCUUCUCGUCCGUCUUCCAAGGCAUCAACCCUGCGGCCUUCAAGAAGCAGAAGAAAGUCCCUUCGGCCCUGACGGAGGUGGCUGCCUCCGGAGAGGGCUCCGCCAUCAGCGGCUACCUCAGCCGGAGUAAGAAGGGCAAGCGGCACUGGAAGAAGCUCUGGUUCGUCAUCAAAGGCAAAGUCCUCUACACCUACAUGGCCAGCGAGGACAAAGCAGCCAUGGAGAGUAUGCCCCUGCUGGGCUUCACCAUCACCCCCGAGAAGGAGGGCAGCAGCGAAGCAGGACCCGUGUUCCACCUUUACCACAAGAAAACCCUCUUCUACAGCUUCAAGGCAGAGGACCCCAGCGCAGCUCAGAGGUGGAUAGAGGCCAUGGAAGAUGCCAGUGUAUUAUAGCAGUCGGCAAGCAGGCAGACUUGGAACACUCUCAGGCUGACGUGAAUCCUUCCAGAAGCAAAUCCACGUCUCCAUUCCUCCAGACACACUCCUGGACGCAGCACAGGGUGGGACCUUUCUGCCGUUAACUCCCCAUACCUUCACCAGCGAACCCUGCAGGAAUAUUUAUGGACCGUUCCUUUCUGUGUGGGUUUGCCACCCUCUCCCGUCAUAAACUAUUUCCUUACCCAACAAUAAGUUAAAACCUAGUAACACAAAGACGUGGAAACCAAUAGAGAAGUAGAAAUACAGGCUUUUUAGUAGCAACGUGUUUUUACAGUUCUACUGUGGUAAGUUUUAUCUUCAAUGAUGUCAAUUUCGGUGCCUCAGGAGAAAUGAGAACCAGCCAGUAAGGAGCAGCGCCUCUCGACAAAAGCACUUUAUUGUUUUACUGAGCUGCAGCCUCUGUUUUCAAGUGAUUCAUUUAAGUCAGCUGCAGACACGGAGUCCCAUGGACUGAUUUGCACCCAGUCCUCUCACAAGGGUGUACAUAAAGCUUCCACAGCCCUGGUGGUGGCUGCAGGGACCAGGGAUGGGAAAGGGAGCGUUUUCACCUCCAGCUGAUGCUGCGAGCUGUAUCCUGACUUAACUUAUUCAAGGGGGCUUCCUCCCUCCGACAGCCAUCACCAGCACUGGGAGUGCCAUGACAGGCAGAUCCAGCCCUAUAGGUCACCACUGACCCUCUGCAGCCAGGGUCCACUUAAUUUAUGGUGUGCCUUCCUGUGUUCAGCCCACUCAAGCUAUGGCCUCACACUGUGGCAUGGAAACCUCCUCUUGUUUCAGACACACAGGAAUCCUUGGGCUGAAUUAUCCAAUCCUUUUUAUUUGUUACGAGAAGAGAAAAACAAAGUAUCACCGGGAGCUUAUUUAUCUCAGUCUGGACACACACAAGAUGGCUCCAGUCACAGGGCACUCACUCAUGCUGAGGGGAUGAAAGAACGGGGUGUAGCUGCUGCAAUAGGAAACAAGUAUAUCAUUUUCUGACCUGCUGCCCCACCCCACCCCACCCCACCCCACCCCU